AUGAUAGGCCGCUAUAUACAGAGCGGGAAUAUGCCAUGGAUCAUCCUGGCAUUGCCUGUUCUGGUUCUGGUCACGCUACUGCCUCGAAAGGUUACGAAUUCAAUCUUUUCAGCCAUUAUAGACAAAUAUCUUCUCUGGCGCUAUCCCAUCCGCUCUAUUGAUGGCACUCACACUCUGCCCACCUGUCCAUACCAGUGGCCCAAUGGCCAGGGCGAUGUCGGCAAGUUCCUGCAAGGCAUUGAGAAUCGUGACAUGUGGGAGAAGGAACAUGGAAAGAUUUACCGGAUUUGGUCUGGAAUGAAGCCAGAAGUGUACGCACAUCUAGACCCAUGUCUUCCAUGCCUAGUGCUUAUCGAUAGCAGAGUUCUUACUCAACCGCAUCACGUACAGUCCGUUUUUCGAGAUUCCAACAAGCAUUCCAAAGCCGAGAACAACAAUUCUGGGUAUUUGAUGAGUGAGCUCCUAGGUCAAUGUGUCGGUCUGAUCAGCCAGGAGCCCUGGAGGUGUCUGCGCGCAGUAGCAGAAGUGCCAUUUCAACAUGACAAGACGCCAGCCUACGUUCAGUUAGUCCUGAGACAUAUCCGGCAGCAUUUUUCCAGCUUGCAUGUUCAUGGGGAUCUUCAACAUGGGCGCAUACACCCUGCACAAGACCUGAAAAUGCUUCCAUUCUGGACCGUCGCGGAAAUUUUCUAUGGCGAGGUCGACAUCGUAAUGCGCGAGGAGCUACAGCAGCUGUGCCUCAUCCGCGAGCAGCUAUUCAGGCGCAUGAUCCAAGGAGGGCUUGUUCGCUGGAGAUGGUCGCGAUAUCUCCCAAGCACAACAAACCGCCAGCUGGCCGAUUUCAAGUCGCGCUUCAGGCGCUUCAAUCAGCAAGCCUACCAGCGCGCCUGCAACCAGAACAAGUGGAACCUUCCUAUUAUAUCUAUGACCGAAGCCGCUCAGUCAGGAAAAGUGUCCCUGGAACAAAUCUACCAGACCAUUGACGAGGCGCUCUUCGCAAACCUGGAUGUCACCACAGGGGCCAUUUCCUGGAAUCUGGUAUUCCUGGCGGCGCACCCGGCGAUUCAAAACCGAGUCCGGGAAGAGGCGCAGGCUGCAGCAGCGCGCGAAGCUUAUCUCCUCUCCUCUUCAACCCUCCUGGCCGCUUGUAUCUUAGAGUCUGCCCGUCUCAAACCCCUGGCAGCGUUUACUGUCGCACAGUCCGCACCGACAGACCGUACGGUGGAGGGAUACUGUAUCCCGGCCGGCACCAACAUAGUCAUUGAUACAUACGCGCUGAAUAUUCGCAACGAAUUCUGGGGAACCGACAGCCAGAGCUACCGACCUGAUCGCUUUCUUAAGCAUCGAGCGACGGAACUGCGGUAUCAGUACUGGCGUUUUGGAUUUGGGCCUCGCCAGUGUAUGGGCCGCUAUAUCGCGGAUCUGGUUAUCCGGGCCUUGUUGGCCCAUCUGGUGGUGAAUUACGAACUGGGGAUACUGGAUGGAGAUGAAGACAAAUGGAAACGAGACUCAGAAUCCUGGAUUACGCUGCCGGACAUGCAGCUCAAGUGUGAGCCGCGCAAUUUGCGAGUGGCCAAAUUAUGGGCACCAGUAUCAUUGUAG